AUGUGCAACGAAAAUAGCGGUUUUGCACGUGUUUCUCAAGCUGCAGUAAAUAUAGUUGAAAUUCCGCUCAAAGCCAAGAAUAGAGCAGAAUAUCUACCUGCUAUCCUACCUGCAUUCGCAACAGGAGGUACAUUAGCUGCACUGGGUGACCUUGCUAUCCACAUGACCACAGUUUCAAUUGCGGAAGGGGAGCACAGUAGACGUAUCCACGCUGCCUUGGUUGAAUGUGGUCGCGAAUCGGGCAGAUGUUUCUUUGAAUUAGCCUCGUUUGGACUUGAAUUGGGGUCAAUUGCGUCUCCCCUAGAUCACCCCUUCGUAGUAGGUCUUGGUGGUGCACCUUCCGAUCGUCUCUGGAGGGUCGACGCUCGCUUUUCUGAACGGUCAAAACAGCUUGAACCACUGAUUGAUUCGAUUAUUGCGACUGUUAAGACGUCUGAUGGGAAAAUCAACCCUGGUUUUGUGGACUUAGUGGUAAGCUGUAUACGUACUUCGGAUAACGCCAUCUUCAGUCCCGUGUGCAAAUUUUUGACGUAUCUUCUCUUCAAAGCCCUUGAUUCGCAUGGUUCUCCAGCUAGCUCCAUUGCUAAUCGGUCUACUCCCACAGUAUCUCGUAGUCAAGGGCAGACUUUACUUAAUCAACUCGCGUUUGCUCUGGUCUCUAUAGAAGAUGAUGAUAAGACGAGUCCCAUACUGAAGCAACUUCUUUCACCGGGUCAAUCUUUGCCAACACUACUAUGGUCACUGUCAACUCUAAUUGCAAUUGUGGCUGUUUUCGAGAAUGCCCGUACCCUCCAACCCAUGAACACUUUCCCCGCCCUCGCAGCUUUCGCCACUUCCGCUUUUACAGUUCUUCAGGGAAAUGACUAUCUCGGCAGUUCUAACUCGUCAGCUCGGUAUUACGCUGUCACUCUUCUCGCCUUCAUUACUCGCUGGGGCUCCCCAAAACCCGAUGCCGUGCUAAUGAGUACUCUGGAAAAUCUUCUGGGUGGCGACCAGAGCGCUUCUGUAAGAGUGGCUGCGUGCUGUUUUCUUGAAUGCCAAAUCGUGGAGGCUUUAGAGACAGGUAACACAGUCGAAAACCGGGCACUCAGUUGCCUGCUAGAAUCUGGAUGUACAGAUGGCGCGAUGGAAGUGCAAGAAACAGCUCUGGGCGCUUUGAGAAGAAUAUUCGAAAUGAGCUCAUCCUUAAAAGAUCAAUUUUUUCAGACUAGCGUUCACCAGAGGCUGAUGGCCCAGUACAACGCUGUCAACCAACAGGUUCACAGACCGGGUCUAUUGAGACGUCUCCUAGCUACUAGAAAUCAGUCACAGACUCCAACUUCAGCUAACCAAUCCACAAAUUCACCUGUUCAAGAAUCGUUAUUGACGCAUCUAUCAGCCCUCUGUUUGCCAGAAAAGAACCCUUAA